AUGCGCUGUGUUUCUUGAUAAGUUAUAUCUUAUAAUAAGACAACAUAUAAAAAAGCCAGUCAUGUGCAGUCUGAUGUAAAGUUUUAAUAUGUUAACAUUUUAAUUGUAUUGUAUAGUAAAUUAGUUAAGAAUAAUCCACAUAUUUAUUAGUUAUGUACAAAAAUUGUGAAUUUUUGAAGAUAUAUUUCCUUAGCGCAACAAGAGUAGGUACUUUUGUACUAACUACUUGAAAACUAUAACUACAAAAGAGAACACAUUAUAAAUAUUAACUUUUACAGAAUUUCAGUAAAAUAAAAACACUGCGCCCAAAAAGAAUUAAAACAAAUAUAGACAUGGAGACAAAGUGUCGUGAAGACCCAGCGCUUUUUAAAUUGGAUACACCAGAGUUCAAAAAUAUUUUCAGUCCAGAAGUGUUGGAUUUAAAGAAGCUAUUUGACAAAUAUAAUUAUGAGAUUAGAAUAGCAGGUGGAGCUGUAAGGGAUCUAUUAUUACGUCAGCAAGCAAAAGAUUUAGAUUUUGCCACUGUAGCCACCCCAGAGCAGAUGAAGGAGAUGUUCACAGCAGAAAAUGUGCGUAUGAUCAACAUGAGCGGGGAGAAGCACGGUACAAUCACUCCAAGGAUCAAUGACAAAGAAAACUUUGAGGUGACAACAUUACGGAUUGACAUGGUCACUGAUGGCAGACACGCUGAAGUUGAGUUCACAAAAGAUUGGAAACUAGAUGCUAAUAGAAGAGAUCUUACAAUAAAUUCUAUGUUUCUAGGAUUUGAUGGCACAGUUUAUGACUAUUUUUUUGGAUAUGAAGACUUACAAAAUAGACGUGUCGCAUUUGUUGGAGAUGCUGAUGUGAGGAUUAAGGAAGAUUAUUUAAGAAUAAUGCGUUACUUUAGAUUUUAUGGAAGGAUUGCUGAAAAAGCUAACAAUCAUGAUCAGAACACUUUAGAUGUAAUCAAAGCUAAUGUAGAUGGUUUACAAAAUGUAUCUGGAGAGAGGAUAUGGAUGGAAUUGAAAAAGACUCUACAGGGAAAUUUUGCUGGUGAUUUAUUGAAGACAAUGUUAAAUGUGGGCAUUGGACAAUACAUUGGUAUUCCAAACCCUGUUUUAAAAGAAUUAGACGUGUUACUAAACAGAAGUCAACACUUGGAUUUACAUCCUAUGAGUUACUUGGCAGCUCUACUUGAAAACAUAGAUGAUGUAACUGUUUUACAUGCCAGGCUAAAGUUUUCCAGCUAUGAACGUGACAUGGCAUACUUUAUUGUAGAACACAGAGGUGAAAAAGAAGGAGCAAGGCCUUUACUCCCUUAUGAAAAAUUAGUAUUAAACACAAAAAUUAAACAAAAAGAUGCUGUUGAUUAUGUUCGUGAAGUUCUCAAAUAUAGGGGUUCUGAAAAAUUACUACAACAAUUCAACAGUUGGGAUAUACCACGAUUUCCAAUAAAUGGUAAAAUACUGAAGGACCAUGGGGUUCCUCCAGGAAAGAUGUAUGGACCAAUCAUAAACAGGAUUAAGGAUAUAUGGAUAGAUAAUGAGUACAAGCAAAGUACAGCAGAUUUAGUGAAACUAUUACCUGGUAUUAUAGAUGAACAUAAACAAAAAUAAAUUUAAAAUUAAACAAUAA